UGAAAAAGUUUAUGAACAGGUUAUCUGAAGCUCUUAAUCCUGAUAAAAUGGGCCGGUAUAAAAGAGAUUCAAAAUGUGAAACAUUAUUUGGCAAGAUUGAAAAUUCAUAUCGUGGAGCUUUGUUUGGGUCUUUACGACGUGCUAUAUUCGAUCAUGUUUUUAAAAAGAAGAUUUCGCAAACUGUUAAUUCAGAAAGCUCAGAAUCUGAGAUAAUUUCAUGGAAAAAUAGUGGAGAAGUUCAAUGGUGCUUUAAAAACUUGGAUACUAUUGUUGAGGAUGAAAACAAAACUUAUCUUCAAAUGGUCGCCAAGAAG